UUACUGCAAUGCAUGUUUUCUUUAUUAUAUUUUUAAUAUUUCUUAUUUUCAAAUAUUUUGUGCCAUUGCUACAUUUUAAAUUUUUUGAUUGUAAAAAUUUUUGUUAACAAAGUAUAUUUUACAGGGACAUAGAUAUACAGCAGAACAGAAGGCCCUUGCAUUAUUACUGUACAAAACGAUGGGAAAGCGUGCAUAUACGUGUUUGCGUAAUGUAUUCGAAGACAUACCUUCAAUAAAGACUGUACAAACGGCACUCCACAAAAUACCAAUGUCCCCUGGAUUGAAUACUUUUAUCCUGAGACACUUGGAGAAAAUAGCUCCAAACAUGUCUUCGAAGGAGAAAGUAUGCAUUCUAAUGUGGGACAAAAUAUCAAUACAACCCAAGCUCACUUAUAAUAUCCGUAAGGAUGUUAUAUAUGGUCUUGAGGAUUGGGGUAAUAAUCGUACAAAUAAAGUUGCAAAUCACGGUUUAGUUUUCAUGUUGCGCGGAUUAAAUUCGGGCUGGAAGAUGCCUUUAUCUUACAAUUUUUGUAAUAAACAAACCAAUACUGCCCAAUUAAUACGUUGCAUUAAAGAACAUAUCAAUAAAGUUAACAAUGCAGGCUUUCACAUUGUUGCAACAGUUUGCGAUCAAGGGUCAUCGAAUGUUGCUGCAAUUAAAGAAUUAUUAUCACGUAUAAAUAUGAAGAGAGAUGUCGAACAAAGAGCUCAAGGUCAAACCUUUGAAGUGGGAAAUGUCGAAGUCAUCUCACUAUUUGAUUUUCCACACCUUAUCAAAGGAAUAAGGAAUAAUUUGUUAACAAAACAUCUUGCUCUUAAUUGGAAAAAUCCCAAAGUGCCUCCUAAAGAAAUAGCGUCGUGGGAUAUUAUUAAGACAGCGUGGAGGAUGAACAGAAAAAUGAAUGUGAUUCGGCCAUAAUUAAAGAAAAUAACGAAAAAACACAUAAUCGAAAAUCAAAUAAACAAGAUGCGAGUGAAACAUGCAACACAAGUGUUAAGUGGAACCAUGGCUAGUUACAUUGAAACACUGGCAAGAUCUAAUUGUGAGUACAAUAAUAAAAAUAUUUGCGAUUCAUAGAUCUCAUUUGAUUAAAUUAAAUUAAAUUUAAUAGAUUUUUUAAACUGCCAAUUUAUUUGAGAUUAAUAUUUCUGAGAAGUAUCAUAUUGUAGUGGUUUUUUUAAAUUUAAAUUAUUAAAUUAUUAAUAUUAGGUAAAAAAUAUAUUUAAAAUAAUAUAUUUUUUAUAUUUUUUUUAUCAUACCACUUAUAAUAAGAUGUUUAUGUUAAUAUUUUACAUAUAAAUGAUUGAUGUUUGUUACAGGUGUGGUAACAAUCAACAAUGAAGAAAUACAAAUAAAUGCCGAAGAAGGAAUUCCAACAGCGGAGGCUGUGAACUUUUUCAACAAUUUAUUUGACUCCGUGAAUAGUGAUGUGAAAAAUAACGAUGACAAUUGUUAUAAGUGACACACUCGAUAACGAUAAAAAAGGUGUCAGUAGUACGAUGACGUAAGUCGGUCAGCUGCAGCAGUCAGCAUCGAGCGCAUCGCACGAAGUUUCGCGCAAUCCGCUCGACAAUUAGCGCAAUGCUCCUUAGACAGCACUUGCUGUCUAAGCAAUAAUUU